AUGGUCACACCACUUCAGGACCGGAUGGAGGAAUGGAAGAAGACAGCCAACCAGCUGGACAAAGACCACGCCAAAGGAAGAGGUAACUUGCGGCCCCAGCUGGACAGCGCCAUGCAGGACGUGAGUGACCUGUACCUGCUGAUGGAGGAGACAGAGAGGCAGGCGGUGCGGCGGGCCCUGCUGGAAGAGAGGGGGCGCUAUUGCUCCUUCAUCAGCCUGCUGCAGCCAGUGGUGAAUGGAGAAAUUGCCAUGUUAGGGGAGAUUACCCACCUGCAGGCCAUUGUUGAUGACCUCACUGGGCUGACCGAAGACCCCCACAAACUGCCACCAGCGAGUGAGCAGGUGAUCAGAGACCUGAAGGGCUCGGACUUCAGCUGGUCCUACCAGACCCCGCCCUCCUCCCCCAGCAGCGCGGGCUCCAGGAAGAGCAGCAUGUGCAGCCUCCUCCAGAUGCCUUCAGCAGGCACGCAUCGCCUCAGCAGCGUGUCCUCCCAUGACUCAGGCUUCAUCUCCCAGGAUGCCAACACCCACUCCAAGCCCCCCUCGCCCAUGCCCUCUGACAUCACCAGCCAGCCAGGGGCCUCGGGGGACUUGGCCCUGCUGCACCCAAAAAGGAAACUCAUCGCCACAAAGAAGAACAGCGCCUGUUGUCAGCAGUACCGCGAGCGCGCCUCCGUGCUGGAGAACCAGCCAGCGGGGACGUUUGUGCUGCAAGCGCAGGCCACCGACGCGGACGAGGGAGCGAACGGGAAAGUAAAAUAUGGGCUAAUGCACCGAGACAGCGCGAUGCCUGCCUUCAGAGUCCACCCAGACACAGGAGUGAUCGUGACGGCGCGGCGCUUUGACAGGGAGCGCCAGAGGGAGUACUCCAUCACCCUCACGGCCACCGACUGGGCCGAGGAGCCGCUCAUCGGCAUCUGCCAGCUCAACGUCCAGAUCCUGGACCUCAACGACAACAGCCCCAAGUUUGAGAACCUGCGUUAUGAGUAUUUCCUCCGGGAAGACACCAUGAUCGGCACCAGCUUCCUGCGUGUCGCGGCCCACGACGAUGACUUUGGCACCAAUGCCGCCAUAAGCUACUCCAUGUCCCUGGAGGAGCCCGAGUACCUGAGGGUCCAGCCGCUCACGGGCUGGGUGUACGUCAACCAGCCCAUAUCACAGAGGACCUACAUCACCAGGGAGGUGGUGGCCACGGACGGGGGGAACCGCAGCACGUCGGUGGAGCUGGCCGUCACCAUCACCAACGUCAAGAACCAGCCGCCGCGCUGGGAGAGCCCCAGCUACAGCGUGGUGGUCCCCGAGAACACCGCCAGGGACACGCCCAUCGUGACCAUCAAGGCGACCUCCCAGCUGGGAGACCCGAGGGUGACGUACAACCUGGAGGACGGAAUGGUGCCGGAGACCAACAUGCCGGUACGCUUCUACCUCUCGCCCAACCGGGAAGACGGCUCUGCCUCCAUCCUGGUGUCGGAACCCCUGGAUUACGAGACCACCCCCCUUUUCUCUCUCCGGGUCCGGGCUCAGAACGUGGCGGCGGUGCCUCUCGCGGCGUUCACGACUGUUUACGUCAACGUGACAGACGUGAACGACAACGUGCCGUUCUUCACCUCCUCCGUCUACGAAGCCUCGGUCACGGAGGGAGCGCAGAUCGGCACCCCGGUGCUCCAGGUGUCCUCGCACGACAAGGAUCUGGGACUCAACGGCCAGAUCACCUACUCUCUGCUGAGCGACAGCACUGGGGACCAUGAGCUGUUCCGCAUGGACCCCGCCCUGGGAACCAUCUACACCGAGGCGGUGUUCGACCGCGAGGCGCGCAGCUCCUACCUCCUGGAGGUCCAGUCCGAGGACGGCCAGGAGUCGGCCAGGCCCGGCAAGAACAAACAGCCCAACUCAGACACGGCUUACGUGAGGGUGUUCAUCAGUGACGUCAACGACAACAAGCCAGUGUUCGCCCAGCGGCUGUACGAAGUGGGCGUGGACGAGAACGCAGACGUGGGGCUGGCCAUCGUGACCGUCAGCGCUAACGACGAGGACGAUGGGGCGAACGCCAAGCUGCGCUACCAGAUCACCUCGGGGAACACGGGGGGCGUCUUCGACAUGGAGCCGGAGGUGGGCACUGUGUUCAUCGCCCAGCCGCUGGACUACGAGCUGCAGAAGAGGUACAAGCUGCUGGUGCUGGCCUCCGAUGGGCGCUGGGAGGACUACGCGGCGGUGGUGGUCAACGUGGUCAACAAGAACGACGAGGCGCCCGUCUUCUCCAUGAACGAGUACUACGGCUCGGUCACCGAGGAGCUGGACGGCUCCCCCGUGUUCGUGCUGCAGGUGACUGCCACUGAUCCGGACAAGGACGCAGACCAGGGAGCCAUCCGCUACUCCAUCCACGGCCAGGGCGCUGAAUCCCACUUUGUGAUCAACGACAUCACAGGGGAGAUGUACGCCCAGCGCACCAUGAACCGCGAGGAGCGCGCCGUCUGGCGCUUUGUCGUCAUGGCGACGGACGAGGAGGGAGAGGGCCUCACGGGCUUCACCGACGUCAUCAUCAACAUUUGGGACAUCAACGACAGCGCGCCCGCCUUCUCCUGCGCCCCCGACGCCUGCCUCGGCACCGUGGCGGAGAACUCCCCGCCCGGGAGCUUCGUCAUGGAGAUGACCGCCGUGGACCUGGACGACGCGGCGGUGGGCCAGAACGCCAUCCUCUCCUACCGCCUCGCCAGGAACUCGCGCGCAGCGGGCGGCGCCGACCUCUUCGCCAUGGACUCCAGCACGGGCACCAUCUCGGUGGCGGCGGAGGGGCUGGACUGGGAGGCGGCCGAGUCGCACCUGCUGAUCGCCGAGGCCCGGGACGGCGGGGGCAUGGUCGGCACGGCGACCGCCACCAUCGCGGUGACGGACCUGAACGACCACGUGCCGCGCUUCGCCGACGGCCGCUGCGGCGGGCGCGUGUCGGAGGCCGGCGAGCCCGACGCCGCCGUGCUGGAGCUGAGGGCGGUGGACCCGGACGGCGGCGCCCACGGGCGGCUGACCUUCACGGUGGUGGCGGGCGACCCCGAGCAGCGGUUCCACGUGGUGGGCCGCCGGGGCGAGCAGACGGCCACGCUGCGGCUGAGGAAGAGGCUGGACUACGAGGCGCCCGGCGAGCGGAGGUUCAACCUCACCGUCAGGGUGGAGGACUCGGAGUUCUCCAGCGCCGUCCACUGCGUGGUGCAGGUGGACGACGCCAACGACAACGCGCCCGCCUUCACCCCCGACCGCCACCCGCCCUCGCCGCUGUCCGAGGACGUCGCCGUGGGGACCAGCGUCCUGCAGGUGACGGCGCGCGACGCCGACUCCGGGCCGAACGGCCACAUCACGUACAGCAUCCUCGCCGAGUCCGACCCGGAAGGACGUUUCUCCGUCAGCCAGACGGGGCUGGUCACGGUGGCCAGGCCGCUGGACCGUGAGGCGGCGGCGGAUUAUGAGCUGGUCGUCAUGGCAACUGACCAGGGCAGCCCGGCGCUGACCGGCAGCGUCGCGCUCCACCUGCCGCUGCUGGACGUGAAUGACAACGGCCCCGAGCUGGAGGCGGCCUACGCGCCCAUCCUCUGGGAGAACAGCCCGCCCCCGCAGGUGGUCUGGCUGAACCAGAGCUCCACGCUGCUGCGCGUCGUGGACAGGGACUCUGCGGCCCACGGGGGGCCCUUCUCCCUGUCCCUGCCGCCGCCCUUCACGCCCGAGUUUCACCUGCAGGACCACGGGAACGGCAGCGGCACGCUCACCGCCCUGCGGAGCUUCGACCGCGAGCGGCAGAGGGAGUUUCAUCUGCCGGUGAUCAUGAGCGACAGCGGCCGUCCGCCAAUCACAGCCACCAGCACCCUGACCAUCACCAUCGGCGACCAGAAUGAUAAUGCCCACCAGGCAGGGGAGAAGGAUGUGUUCAUGCACAGCCGAAAGGGAAGGUUCCCUGCUGCAUUAGGUAAAGUGUAUGCCCCGGAUCCAGAUGAAUGGGACAACAAGACCUACACAUUGGCGUCAAGUGCCAGCAAGUACUUCACUCUGAACCAGAGUUCGGGGGCGCUGACCGUCCGACAGAACACGCCAGCUGGCAGUUACUGGCUGAGGGUGGCCGUGUCGGACGGCGUGUGGCCUGAUGUGAUGUCAGAGGUCAGGGUUCACGUCCGGGAUUUGGAGGACAAGGCCAUCCGCUCCUCUGCGUCCCUGCGGCUGACCGGCGUCACAGCCAGAGAGUUUAUCGAUUCCCGUGUCACGGGGAAGAGUCGGCUGGAGACAUUCUGGGACUUCCUGUCCAAAUCCCUGUCCGUCAGACCCGGGAGAGUCAACAUCUUCGGCAUCGUGGACGGAGGCGAGGCAAAGACGGUGGACCUGCACUUCUCCGUGCUGACGGACAGCGGCUACGUGCGUCCUGAGAAGCUGCAUGGCAUCCUCUCGGCUCACAAGAAGAAGCUGCAGUCCAUGCUGAGAGCCAACCUCAGCCAGGUGGAGGUGGACAGGUGCGCGGUGCGCGCCGACUGCAAGGCGGCGGGCGGCUGCUCCACGCGGCUCAGCGUGGACGACACGCCCACCCUGGUGGACGCCGGCGGGGGCUUCUCCCUGGCGUCCGUGACCCUGGUCACCGCGGCCACGUGCGGCUGCUCGGCGCGCGACCUGCUCCGCCGGCCCUGCUCCUCCUACUACCCAGGGAGCCCCUGCCUGCACGGGGGCACCUGCCUCGACACGCAGGACGGCUACAGGUGCCGAUGCCCCCUGCAGUUUGAGGGUCCUGAUUGCCAGCAGACUGGAAUUAGUUUCCUGGGCAACGGCUACGCCUGGUUCCCUCCCAUGAAGCCCUGCUUUGAUAGCCACCUCUCUGUGGAGUUCAUGACCGAGGAGGAAAACGGACUGCUGCUGUACGCCGGCCCACUGGCUACGCUGCUGCCCGGGGAGCCCGAGGACUACAUGGCCAUAGAGCUCAUCGGUGGAACGCCCAGUUUAAAAGUCAACCACGGCUCAGGGACGCUGGUCCUUCAGCUGCCCAACAACGUGGGGGUGGCCGACCGACGCUGGCAUCGCCUGGAUGUACGCAGCAACAGCAAAGAGGUGCGCUUUACCCUGGACCGAUGCUCCAGCGCCAUCGUCAUGGAGACGGAGGGUGUGGACUCGUGGGCCAUGACCGAGGACCGGUCUUCCUGUGAGAUAAGGGGCAUCACCCCUAAUCGUGACAGGUACGUGGAUGGGAGUACGGUGCUGCAGCUGGGAGGGGUGGACCAGAACCUCACCGGCUACGAGUUCCCACAGCUCCGGUACAAGCACUUCACGGGCUGCAUGAGGAACUUGGCCGUGGACAGCAGGAUGUAUGACCUUGGCUCUCCGGCGGCGGCCGUCCACACCCUCCCCGGCUGCAGUCUGACGGACGGACCCUGCGCCCGCGCCGAGCAGCCCGCCCUCUGUGGCGAGAAGGGCCGCUGUCACGGAGAGAGGGGAGAGAGGGGAGAGAGGGGAGAGAGGGGCUCCUCCGUGUGCCAGUGUGGGCCCGGCUACAUGGGGCCCCGCUGUAAACAAGCCGUGCCCGAGUUGUCCUUCGGCGGCCGGAGCCACGUGCAGCUGCAGCUCCUGGGCUCGUUGCCCGCCAGGCAGACGCGGCUGCAGGUGGGCGUGCGGACGCGCUCCUCCAGCGGGGUGUUGGUCAGCCUGAUCUCCCCGCAGCAGAACGAGUACCUGCGCCUGGAGGUGUUCCAGGGCCUGCUGUCGGUCCUCUUUAACCUGGGCGACGGAGACUACAACCUCACGCUGCCCCACCACCGCGUGGACAACGGGGACUGGCACGAGGUGGAGCUGGAUCGCUACGGCAAAGAGUUCACCCUGCGCUUGGACGGGGGCGGAGGACAGAGAGAGGUCACCGCGUCGCCCGGGCGCAGUCAAGAGCUCAUCAUCGACCAAUCAGCGGUCAUGAUUGGGAACGCCCUCCCCUCCGGACAUAACCGCAGCUUCCUCGGCUGUCUGCGGCACCUGCGGCUGAACGGGCGGACGAUGCCCCUGGACGGCCAGCAGCCCUCGGAGGGGGUCCAGCUGGUCAGCUCCCAGGGCGUCUCCCCGGGCUGCCCCUCGGACGCCUGCAGGAAGCACCACUGCUCGGCCCCCUUCGUCUGCGUGGACCUCUGGAGGCACCACGACUGCAGAUGCCCCCCGGGACACCUGACUAAAGAUGGCGCCGCCGGCAAGGCGUGCGUCUACACGCUGUGCGCGAGCCGACCUUGCCGCCACGGCACCUGCGUCCCGCACUCACCCUCCCGCUACUCGUGCCAGUGUGCGGAGGGCUACCGGGGGCGCCACUGCGAGCAGACGCCGUCCAUGUCGCACAACCCGGACGGCAGCAGCCUCAGUAUCAGCUCCAUGUUCGCCAUCUGCAUCUGCAUCCUGGCCUUCUUAGUGUUGAUGCUGGGCCUGUUCAUGUACUCGUGCUGGAGACGGCACAAGGGCCUGGAGGAGGGGGUGUACCACGUGUCUGCGCACCACGGGGAGUGGGAGGACAUCCGGGAAAACGUGCUUAACUACGACGAGGAAGGUGGCGGCGAGCAGGAUCAGAAUGCCUUUAACAUGGUGGAGCUGCAGCGCUCUCUGCAGCCCAGUCCGGCCCAGUCCCUGAGGUACAGCUACCCACAAUGCAUUAUCUCCUACCCGCAGACCAAGCCCUCGCUGGACGGCGGCAGCCGGAGCGCCAUGCCCAACGGCAGCGGCAGCGCGGCCAUCGCCCUGCGGCUGGCCGUGCCGCCCUCCGAGACGCAGGCCCUGCCCUCCCCCCUCACCUUUAGGCGCUCGGGCCACAGCCUGUCCUUCUCCAGCCAGGACCUGGCCCGCUACCUGUGCGAGGUCAUCCGGGACAUGGAGCAACCGGGCGGGGCCGCCGGCGGCGGCGGCGGGGACCACCAUGACCGCGGCCUGGUGUCCGUGCGCUCCCUCAGCUCCCUGAGCGACGGCCAGGGAGCGGCGGCGGCGGAGGAGGAGGAGGAGGGGUCCUCGGAGGGCGGGGCCGCCGCGGGGGCCCGGGGCGGGGCCAAGCAGCAGCAGAGCCUGGGCAAGCUGGACAGGUUCAAGACCCUGAGGGCCGUGGUGGGGGAGCUGAGGGGAGGGGCCGCCGAGGGGCCCGGCCGCUGCAGGAGCCCCGGGGGCCCCAAGGAGAAGCAGAGGGAGAGCAGAGCGCAGCCGAACUGUGAAAAGAGCGGCUGAGCGGGAGACGGGAGGAUGUGCCAAAGGCUAUGUUAAUCAAGGCGCCGCCAGUCGAGGCGGAGCGCGGGGAUGAUGGAGUGCGAGGCUUGACACUGAGAACGCCAGGCUGCCCUGGAUGAAUGUCAAGUCUGCCAUUAUUGUACUUUAUCGAUAAACCUGACCAGGAACUCUUUAUAUGAAGUGUUUACCCAUGAAGGAUCUGGUGUGAUGUAUUGUUUACUUGGCACUGCACUGUACAGUAUGUAAUCCACAGGAAGCACAUUCCUGAGAUUCUAAACAAAAUGUCUGGUUUACAGAAGAAAUGUCUGGCAUUGAGUGCGAAAUGUAUUUCCCUUAAGAUGUUUUUUUUGUUGUAAACAAUCAAUAUGAUGAAACCAU